GGUACCAGAUCCCCUGGAACUGGAGUUACAGCCAGUGUGAACUGCCAUGUGGGUGCUGGGAAUUGAACCUGGGUCCUCUAUGAGAGCCAUCUCUCCAGCCCCUGGGUGUUUUCUUAAAUAGAAGAUAGUUCAAAUAUGAUGAGAGCAGGGAGCUCUAGGCAUGGGAGUAGAAGUAUUUACCAGGUGAAAAUUGAUACAAAGUUUUAAUGAAGAGUGUAUGUUAUGGGGCCAGAGAGAUGACUCAACGGGGUGAUAACCUGAAUGUGGUCCUAUGACAUACUGGUGGAAGGUGAGCACAACCCCAGAAAGUUGGCCUCUGACCUAUCCAUACAUACACGCACAUGCUCAUUGGUGCAAUGCACACACAAACACACUACUAUGCAUUGUUGACAAACACGGCAUAGAAAUUCCCAGGCACUUGCUGCCUCUCAGAGAGUACGGGUACCUUCUGUAGCAGCUAAGAGACAUUAACCUAACUUAUAUCCUGGGCCAUUUGUUUGGGGUCAUUGAGAUAAAAGGUGACACUUCAGUAUCCUGAUAGGUAGUAAGCUUUAUAAACAAACACCAUUUGUCCUAAGAUUGGUGCAAGAAAGCCCAUUUUUAAUAAAAAGGGAAGAAAAGAUUGGCCGUUUGGGGUGAGAUGCCAUGGUUAAGCUAAGAGUUAAGCUUUCGUUAGAUAAUGGCACCACAAGGCACUGGAGCAAAAGAAAGAGGAAUUUUGUUAUUCAUUUUUGGCUUUUUUGCCUCCGCAGUCAACAUUUGGAAAAGAUGAACAGCUUGUCUCAUUUUCACUUACAUAUUAUAUCUGGUAGACAAAAAAAAAAAAAGGAAAAGGAGGAAGAGGAAGAAGAAGGAAGAAAAGUGUGAGAAGGAAAUUAAAGCAAACUGGUGAAAAAAUUAAACACUAUGAAACACUAUUCCUACAAUAAUAAUAAUGAUGAUUUUGUUUCAGGCAGGCAAACAGGAACCCUAAAACAAAAAGUGAAAAGAUGGUUCUCUGAAAAGACCCAUAAAAAAGGUGCUAAACAGAUCUAAUUUUGCUCUAGCCAUCCCUGUGCUGGGGGGAGAAGGCUUGAGUUGCCUACCAAGACCUUGCUGAGGUUGCUUACUGCUUAAAUUAUGAUUUGAGAGUCCCCCUGCCCAAAUACCUUUACAUUCAAGAUUCAUACAGGAUAGACAAGAGUUCCAUCCUCCACACCUGUCAAAUAGGAUCAAAGACCACACCGCCAAGAAAAAUCUACCUGAAAACAAAAGGAUUAUUUUGGGACCAUAAAGAUGGCUCAAUUUUCAAGUACAUUUGCUGUAGAUCUGAGCACUCGUGUAUCAAACUAUGUGUCCAAUUAACAUCUGUAACUCCAGUCCUAAGGAGGAUGGAGAUAGGAGGACCACUGGAGCUUUCUGGCUUUCAGCACAGCUGAGAAAAUGUGAGCCCCUGGUUCAGGGAAACACCCACCUUAAAUGAAUGGGUGGAGAAGGAUGGGGAAGGUCAUAGAAACCUCUGGCCUCUGCGUGUGCACAUUUUCAGAAGACAUACACACAAAUAAGAAAAUAUGCUUGUUGUACAUAUAAUUUUCCCACUUGUUGAAGAUGAGAGCAAGUUUGCAUAGCAAUGAAAGAAACCUUUACCUGCCCUUAAGUCCUGCAUCAUCGUGUCUGAACCGGAUGAUAAAUGAGCACUCGCUAAUGCUCUCUGAAUAUAGGUCCUUUCCCGUUUUGUUCUGUUUUAAAUUUUCUGAUUAUUUUCUUUGUGUGUAUGAUGCAGGGAGAAGGGUGCCUUCCACCUUUACAUGGGUCGUGGAGAUCAAACACAAGCUGUGAAGCUCAUUGUCUGGACACAAGUGCCUUACCUGCUUAGUCAUUUGGCCAACUCCCUGUUAUUUUGAGGCAAAAUUUAUAUCCCUGCUAGCUUUGAACUCACAGCCAUUUCCCUGGUGCAACCUCUCAAGGGCUGGCAUGUUUGCAGGGUUUUCUGUUCCACCAGCCAGCUCUCAACCACACAGAGAUUUGUUAUUAAUUGUAAAUGCUCGGCUGAUAGCUUAGACUUGUUACUAACUAGCUUUAUCUACGCUCUAUCACAUGGUAGUAUUUUUAGCACGGCAUGUUCAUCUCCUGUUUCCUCUGCAUCUCGCUGGCGACUCUGCCCUUCUUCAUCCCCAUUCUCUCUUUUUGUCCACAAGUCCUGCUAACCUAUGCCUGACUAGCUAUUGGCCAUUUAGUCCUUUGUUAAAUCAGUGAGAGUCCUUUAUCAAACCAAUGAGAGCAACGGAUAUCCAGUGUACAGCACUGGCAUUACAGGCAUGCACCACCUACUUGGCUUUGAAUAUAGAUCUUUUAAGGUCAGCUGUAUUUACUGUGAAGGGUGAUUAUAAUGAUUAAUUGAACACAUGGACACACAUACUCCUUGCACAGUUGCUACAUAGCAUCCCUCAGUAAACUGCAGCUAGUAUCACUAGAAUUCAUGUUUCAGAGAGCACUGUGUGUAGUGAUCGUCCUAUGUACUUCCUGCAUACAGAUAAUGUAUAAUUGAUAGGUAUUGUCUAAGUAACUGAUGUUAAUUAGUGAUUGAUACUGCAGAAAUGCUAAUGGUUGUGUACAACCGGCAAUGGAGAGUACCACUGUCCUCUGAAACUCACCAGCUGCACUGAAGUGAUGGCAGCUCCAGAGAAGGCAAUACCCGGACCCACUUCUGCGUUACAGGAUGGCAGCGACUGACUCGUCCCACGAUCUUUCAGGGGACUCAGUCUGCCUUCAAGAAGAGAAGGUAUCAGCACAAAGGAUGUUGCUUGACUGCCUGACGAAUUAUCAGGAGUUGGUGAGCUUUGAGGAUGUGGCUGUGGACUUUACCCAAGAGGAAUGGACCUCACUGAAGCCAUCCCAGAGAAGCCUCUACAGAGACGUGAUGCUGGAGAACUACCGGAACCUGGCCACAGUAGGGCAUCAGCUCAUCAAACCCAGUCUGGUCUCUUGGUUGGAACAAGAAGAAUUUAGAACAUGUCAGAACAUAGUUUUCCCAGAAUGGGAAAUGCAGCCUGAAACCAAAUGUCCGGCGUUCCAACAGGGAGUUUUGAGGGGUGACAUGUCCAGUGGGUUGCAAAUGGAAACAGGAAGCCAGAGCAGAGGGGAGCUCCAUAACUGGACAGAGUCUGGAGCCUUCUGCAGUGACCUCUCACCCCUUCAGGCACAUCCGAAAACUCAAGCGACACAGGAUGACUAUGAUUGCGGUCAGUACAGAAGAGACUUUCUGAUGUUUCCCAAGAAAAACUGCGCUGGUGAGGAACCUUCUGAACUCAGUGAGAGUGAGGAAGCCUGUGCGACCCCAGUUAAAGUUGAUCGAAAAACUGCCGCACAAGAGAAGUCUUUAGAAUGCAUUGACCGUGGGAAGUCUUUUAUUAGUCAGACGCACCUUCAGACACAUAGAAGAACUCACAAUGGAGACAGACUUCACGAUUGGAAUGAAUACGGGAGAAGUUUUAUAAACUCGAGACUUGCUGUGCUCAUAGAAACUCUCAAUGCAAAGAAGCCUUACAGGUGUAAGGAAUGUGGGAAAGGCUAUCGAUACCCUGCAUAUCUAAACAUUCACAUGCGGACGCACACUGGCGAGAAGCCCUACGAGUGUAAGGAGUGUGGGAAAGCCUUCAAUUAUUCCAACUCAUUUCAGAUACACGGAAGAACUCACACUGGAGAAAAACCCUAUGUGUGUAGUCAGUGUGGGAAAGCCUUCACUCAGUACUCAGGACUUAGCAUACACGUAAGAUCUCACAAUGGUGAUAAGCCUUAUGAGUGUAAGGAAUGCGGGAAAGCCUUCCUUACAUCCUCACGACUUAUUCAACAUAUAAGAACACACACAGGAGAAAAGCCUUUUGUGUGUGUCAAAUGUGGGAAAGCCUUUGCUAUUUCUUCAAAUCUUAAUGGACAUUUGAAAAUGCAUGCUGAAGAGAAGACGUGUGAGUGCAAGAUUUGCGGGAAAGCAUUUGGGCAUCCUUCAUGUCUCAACAGUCACAUGAGAACUCAUAGCGCCAGAAGGUCGUACACAUGCAAGGAAUGUGGGAAGGCCUUCAACUAUUCCACUCACCUUAAAAUUCACAUGCGCAUCCACACUGGGGAAAAACCCUAUGAGUGCAAACAGUGUGGAAAAGCCUUCAGCCAUUCCACUUCAUUCCAGAUACACGAAAGAACCCACACUGGAGAGAAGCCCUAUGAAUGUAUGGAGUGUGGGAAAGCCUUCAUCUGCCCCAGUUCCUUCAGAAUUCAUGAAAUAAGUCACACUCACACUGAAGAAAAACCAUAUAAGUGUCAGCAGUGUGGAAGAGCCUACAGUCAUCCCCGUUCCCUUCGGAGGCAUGAAAGAACUCACCAGUGAGCAGCCUGGCUGAUGGAAGCUGUGGGAGAAAGCCAUGAUUUGCUCUAGUUUACUUUGAAGACACGAUGGUACUCACAGUGGAGAGACACUGUUAAAAUUAUCCACGCAGCUUGGAGCAGUACUGUAUGGUAGCUGCUCAGGAGGCUGAAGACGGGGGAAAAUUUAAAACCAAACCGGGCAACACAAAUACUCCAUGUCAAAAACAUUAAAACAAUUGCUGACAAGAUGGCUCAGUGGAUAAAAUCACUUGUUGUGAAUGUCUGACAUCUUGAGUUUGAUCUGUAUGCAUGUAAAAUAGACAGAUAAUAGUGGCAUUCAUCUGUAUUGCCAACAGUCCUACAAGAUAGGAGUCAGGGGCAGGAGAAUCACCUGGAAGCUUACAGGCCAACUAUCUUCCGAGAGACCUUGUCAUGCUUCAACAGGGUAAGAGGACCAAUGCCUUAAAGUUGUCCUCUGACCUCUGUAUGUUUGCUUACUUACCACGUAUGCCACAGUCAUAAGUAAAUUUUUAAAGAACUUAAUUGAGGGCUGAUGAGAUGGCUCCGCAGAUAAAAGCAUUCUACAUACAAUCCUGACAACUUGGGUUCUAUCCCUGGUUCCCCACAGUGUAAGGAGAAAAGUGGCUCUUAAAAGCUGUCCUCUGACUUCCACGUGAAUGCUGUGGCACCCAAGCCCACUUGCCAGCCCCCAGUAAUAAUACAUUUUAAAAAUUAAAAUGAGGGACUGUAGAGAUGACUUAAACAGUUAGAAGCACCUGCUGCUCUUGCAGAGGACAUGGGUUCAGUUCUCGGCACUCACAUGGCAACUCUCAACUAUCCACAACUCUAGUUCCAGGGGAUUUGGCACCCUCUCUGGCCUCUGUAAGUGCUCAGCAGACAUAGACUUCACCUACAUGUGCAGGCAAAACACUUAUACACAUAAAGACAAUGAAGAGGAAAGGAUGUUGUAAUGAGUCCCUUAGGGCAGAGUGACUAAUGUCCUCAGAAGGUAAAGAUGCAGCAGGAUGCACACAGAGAAGAUGGUAGCAAGUCUUCAGCCUUCUGCAAAUAGAGACAGAUCGUUACCAAGGUGUUUCUGCUUGUGGCCUCCAGAGGAAACUACCUGAGCUCUGCUGAUCUUUGAUCUCCAGCCUCCAAAUUGUAAGAAAUGAAUAACCGUGUUUAAGCUACCUGGUGUGUUACUUUGUUGCAUUAGCUCUAACAAAUAGAUGUAAUAAUCAAUAAAUAAAACUUUAG